AUGGCGUUCGGGCUCCUGCGAUGGCUUUUCGCCGCCGUGGUCGCUGCGCUGCGGUUCGCGUUGCGCGGCGCCCGCAGCGACCCCUUCAACGUGGCAGCCGAAGGCCAGCUGUCGGCGUCCACUGAGGAGCCCGACGUCGAAGAUCUAAAAAGACUCAACAGGCACCACAAGCGAGCCUUGCAUCUGCUGCGAUAUGCCAUCGCAUACGAUGAGGAGAAUGGCGAUCUCAAGGAACUGGCCAUCGGGCUCUACCGUAACGGUAGUGAGCAGCUCCAGAAGGGUAUUGCUAUUGACUUCUCCCAAGGACAAGAAGAUAUGGUGCGGAUAGAGUACCUCAGCGAUGAGGUGCCCUCGCAUGCGGGCUUGGCCCGGCGCCCGGCCAAACCGAAGCGGCGUCAGUGGCAGAAGGUGGUCACCCCGAAAGCCGCAGAGCCGAUCAGUGACGGCCCCUCGUGGCUGAAAAGGGCCAUGAACGGCGUCGGGAUGGCCACCCAGCUGUUCCCAGAUCUGAGGGUACCAGCCAAGCGCCUGUUGCUCACUGGGCCAACAGGCAAUGGCAAGCCAAUUCUGGCCAAGGCAGUGGCCCACGAGUCUCACUGCACGUGCCUCGACAUCGGUGCAGCUUCGUUCACUUCUAAAUGCCUCCACACAAGGAGUGAAGAGUGGAUUCUCGUGAUGGCUGUCACAAACAGGCCUCAAGAGUUGGACGCUGCUGCACUAAGCCUGCGACCCCGGGGAUUUCUUAGCCAGCAAGACAUUUAUGGCUACGUUUCGAUGCUGAACGCCACUUGCAAGAAGGAGGAGACGACGAUACACUGCUGUGCCAAGAUCUCUAUGCCACCAUUCCAGAAGGCUGGCCAGACGCAUUAA